UCCCGCAAAAGAAAAAGACCACAGUGAAAAGAAAAGAUGAAACUUUGUUCCAAAAAAGGUAAGAAGAAAUUUCCAACAUCGCAAUAAUGGAUCUAAGAAAAUGCCACGAAUGUAAAUCUCCUCUAAAAUAUACAAAAUUCUCAUCGAAAUGUUAUGCGUGCUACGAAGAUGACCAUGAGAACAAGCAAGGCUACAAGUGUGAUUGCUGCUCGUUUUGUAUCCACGAGGAAUGCCUCAUCGCCAACCUGCCUUCUCGUCAUAAACACCCUCUCAAGGUCAUAAAUUGUGACUAUUACAAAGAGUUAUGUCGUCUUUGUGAAACCCCAAGGUAUCCUCAGAUACUUUAUCACUGUUCACAGUGUUCUUUUAAUAUAUGUAUCCCUUGUGCGAGAACACCUCUGAUCUUUGACCAAACAAAGGUGCAUGACCAUGCACUCCUCCAAGUAACUAUAAAACUCCCCUUCACUUGUGAUGCAUGUGGGUUGAGUAGUACUGAAUACCCGUGCAUUUGUCUUCAAUGUUGUUUCAUAACCCAUCGAGCAUGCAUCUUCUUACCACGGGUCAUAUACAUCAACCGCCAUGACCAUCGUAUCUCUCAUGUUUAUUCUCUUGCCAAUGGGCAGUGGAUUUGUGGGGUAUGCUAUGAGCAUGUUAAUGGAGACUAUGGAGCAUAUUCUUGCUCAGUUUGCUCUUACGUUGUUCAUUCAAUAUGUGCAACAAAUAAAAAAGUUUGGGAUGGGAGAGAACUUGAAGGCGUACCCGACGAAGAUGAAAAAGAAGAAAGCAAACCGUUUGAAGUGAUUAAUGAAGAGCUAAUAAAACAUUUUAGCCAUGAACACCAUCUUAAGGCUUCAUUAUCAUCAUCAAGACUCGAAGAACCAAGAGAACACUGCGAUGCAUGCACUCUUCCUUUUUAUUCUGAAUUGUGCUACAAAUGUACACAAUGUGAUUUUAUUCUGCAUAAUGAAUGCGCUAAUCUCCCUCUGAAGAAAAGACACGAGAUAAGCACACAAAAACUUACGUUGUGUGCCAAAAGCCAGCAUGGCGCAAACCCUAACAACCUGUUUUUUUGUGUUGCUUGUCUGCGUCAUUGCACCGGUUUCUCAUAUUUUCCUGAAAAGGAUGAAAACCCCACGUUCUUCAGCAUUGAUGUGCGAUGUGCGUCAAUUUCUGACGCAUUUAAACAUGAAAGUCAUCCCCACUGGUUAUUUUUAUAUUUUGAUUUGUUUUACUCGACGUGUGAAAGUUGUAACUCGGAUUGUCGUUUUUUUCUACGUUGCAAGCAUACAUAUGAUUGUGGUGGCUACAUUUUAUGCUUCACAUGCGCAACUUUACCCACAUCUGUAAGACACAAAUAUGAUGAUCAUCCUCUCUCCUUAUGCUAUGGUGAGAAAAAUGUGAAUGUGACAUAUUGUUGCGAGAUAUGCGAAGAGGAAGUAUAUUCAAAGUUUUGGUUUUACAAAUGCAAUGAAUGUGGCUCCACUCUUCAUACUAAAUGUGUAUUUAAAGAUUUAAUACACUCAAGACCAGGAUACAGUUUGGUGAUGGCUAACAAGGGGUCAUUUGAUUUGCUUCCAAAUAAUCGUCUCUCUCGGCCGAUUUGCUAUUUAUGCAAGAACCGUUGUAUGGGUGAUUUUGUUCUCAACAAAAAAGCAGAUUCAAAUAUAUUCAUAUGCUGUUCUUGUGGUUUUAGUUAUGAAUUUUUAUUUGAAAAUUAAUUUAUAGUUUGUAA